CCUUUAAACCCUUGUUUCAUUUGCACGCACUUAUACUCUUCCAAUGAUGUACUUCCUCUGCUGACAUUUGCCUCAAUUUUAUGGCGAGUAUCUUCGCCAAAUGCGCUAUUAACUUGUUGAAUGAGAUUGUCUUCCCUCAAAGUUGAGCUUUGCUACAAUCUACACGCUAGCAUGUAUUACCAGGGAACUCUCAGAGGCAGCAAUAGAUAUCAAGCCCCUGGAAACUCGCUAUAAGCCUCCUUUACACUAUUGGCUUUUAUAAACUAGUGGGCUCAUUCUCUUCACUUUUACAGAUUUGUCUUCGCAGACAUCUUGAAAUAACUAUCCACCUGCCCCAACUUUUGAGUCAGAAUUGAACUUCUUAACCAUGGCAUCUGCUGUUCGAAUAGGUUCUUUGGUACCUGAAUGCAAUUAUAGUUGUUCAAAAAUACAGCAAAGGAGACAUCACUUUACAAGCAUGCCAAAAACAUUUGCUAUUGCGAAAAAAGAAAAUCAAAAUUUUCAAAUUUUGACAGGUCUUAGGGACUUGGCACGGUCUCAUCAGUAUAAGGCUUGGCUUCUGGACCAAUUUGGAGUCCUUCAUGAUGGGCAGAGACCUUAUCCAGGAGCUGUUGCAACUUUGGAACAGCUAGCACAUUCUGGUGCAAAGAUGGUCAUUGUGAGUAAUUCUUCAAGACGCUCAUGGGUAACAAUGGAGAAGAUGACGAAACUAGGAUUUGAUCCCUCUCUCUUUGUUGGUGCAAUAACCAGUGGGGAGUUGACUCAUCAGUUUCUUCUGAGGAGGAACGACCCAUGGUUUGCUGCACUAGGCCGACGUUGCAUUCAUAUGACAUGGAGCGAUCGAGGUGCAAUAUCCCUUGAGGGCCUGGAUUUACAGAUUGUGGAGCAUCUUGAAGCUGCUGAUUUUAUUCUGGCUCAUGGUACUGAAGCAAUUGGACUUGCAAAUGAUUGUGGUGUUCAGCCAAUGAAACUGGAUGAGUUGGAGGAGAUCUUGGAGCAUGCUGUGGAUAAGGGAAUUCCUAUGAUAAUUGCCAAUCCAGAUCAUGUUACUGUUGAGGCAAGGGCCUUGAGUGUUAUGCCUGGGACUCUAGGCUCAAAAUAUGAAAAAAUGGGAGGUCAAGUAAGAUGGAUGGGAAAGCCGGACCAGGUCAUCUAUGAAGCGGCCAAGGAAAUGACAGGGGUAGAUGCUACAGAAUGUAUUGCAGUUGGAGAUUCCCUUCAUCACGACAUCUUGGGUGCAAAUAAUUCAGAUAUGCAGUCAGUGUUCGUUGCAGGGGGCAUUCAUGCCAAUGAGCUUGGAAUCACUCAAUUUGGAAUGGUUCCAGAGAGGGCAGCUUUUCAAGCUCUUACCCAUUCAUAUGGUGCUUAUCCAUCAUGUAUCAUUCCUUCAUUUACAUGGUGACUAACAUUCAUUUUAAUACUCAUAUUAUUGGAAUUUAUGAGCUCACCAAAAGCAGAGAGAGUCUGAUUUUCACUCAUUCAUAAAAUAAUUAAGGUUAUAAAAUUGUUUACUGACAUUGUUUGAAGAGAUCUAUGAAGUGUUGCUAAUUCCAUUCUA